UUUAGCAGUUAGAACCGUUAGCGUUGAGUUGCACUGAUUGCGUGUGUCGGAGCUAACGGUAGCAGCUAAUCUCCGUAGCAACCUAACGUCAGCAGCUAACUUUUACUCACUGAGUUAGUCAGCUAGUUCAGUGUAUCGUUGUAAUAAACGCACGGUUGAUAGUUUAACGUUAAUUUGCCGCAUUGUUUUGCCAGUUUAGCUCUGAGGCGUUUUCAUUUUCUGCGUAUUUUAUAUUGAACUAACUGUUGUUACCUGAUAGUUAAUGUGAAGGACUGCUAACUCCCAGACAGGACAGCAGAUGAUGCCUUCAAAGACCUGUUGUUAGCAUUACUGGUUGCAAGUGCUUUUUGGACCGUGGGACGGAUGAAAGGUGGAAGCUGUAGGAAGCCCAACUGGGCUGUAGCUGCUCUGUUGAUCCCAGUUACCCUGCUGCUCGUGCUGACCUCCAGGGGGGCAUCAGGCAGCCGCAAGAUGACACAAACGUCUAUGGCUCAUGCAACAGCCUCUUCUGCAGGACCAGGCCCCAGCCUGACAUAUGACCUCCCAGGCCUCCAGGCAGUAGCAGACGUCUUAUCCAGCGAACAAGCUCAUGUUUGGCUCUUGUCCCUGGUGGGCUCUGUUGCUGUAGGCCUCAGUGGGAUUUUCCCCCUUCUUGUCAUUCCCAUCGAAGCUGGAGCAGCCCUCAAAACAGAAGCUGGAAGCCAGAAGCUGAAACAGCUCUUGAGCUUUGCUAUUGGUGGUCUCCUUGGUGAUGUAUUCCUUCACCUCCUUCCUGAGGCGUGGGCGCUCUCUGACUCUUCAGCUAGUAAACACAACCACUACACGAACCAGGGCUUGUGGGUAAUCGUUGGCAUGUUGGCCUUCCUCCUCCUGGAGAAGAUGUUCCCAGACCAAGACAGCCACGAGGAUCCCACUUCAGAUUCAGACCUGAAUUCUAACUCUGCUUCGCAGUCUAUUUCAGCUUUCAGUGGAAAGGCAGUGGCAUCACUCAGAAAUGGGCACCAUGCUGAGUCAUGGAAAUCCUCCACGCAGCAGAGUCUGCAGGAAAGAUCAGAGAAAAUCAAGACAAGUGGAUACCUGAAUCUCCUGGCCAACUGUAUUGACAACUUCACCCAUGGACUGGCAGUAGCAGGAAGUUUCCUGGUUAGCAAAAAGGUUGGGUUCCUCACCACCUUUGCUAUCCUGCUACAUGAAAUCCCCCACGAGGUGGGAGACUUCGCCAUUCUGCUGAGGGCCGGGUUCGACCGGUGGAGCGCCGCCCGCCUGCAGCUGUCCACGGCGCUGGUCGGUGUCCUGGGAGCUUGCUUUGCUCUGUGCGCUCAGUCACCAAAAGGCACAGAAAAUGCCACUUCCUGGAUAUUGCCUUUCACCUCUGGAGGCUUCCUCUACAUAGCCUUGGUGAAUGUGGUGCCUGACCUGCUAGAGGAGUCCAGCUUAAGGCAGUCCAUGCUGCAGAUCCUGCUCAUUUUCUGCGGCAUGGCCGUCAUGGCUGUGCUCUCUGCUAUUGUUGACUGAACAUGGAGGAAACCCACCCCCUCUCGCCUUAACCAAACACUAAAACUGAGCUUUCUCCACCAACCCCCUUAUAUCUGGUACCUCUCAUUCCUGGAAACUUUUCAUCACUUUACACUAAAACAAAUAUCUGACAGACGAACGUCACUUUACGGAUGACCGAAAGGAAAAGCUUCUCGAUCUGCUGACAGGACAUUUGUUGUGCGGACACUUUAAAAAUGUGCCAGACAUCAAGGGAAUUAAGAGGGUUUGUAUGGAUGUCUGUUACCAAAUUGUCUUAUAUCGUUGAUCCGACAAUCACGUUGUUUUGCACAUACAUUUACACAGGUACACCUGAUCUACCAGCUCAACACGAACAGGUAUUAUUGGACCGCUACAUUCUUUAAAAUGUGUUCAAACCAAAAUUGUUUAAACAUUGUAUGUAUUGUUACUGUUUCGGAUGUAGCUGCUGCGUAUUUAUUGAAAAUUAGACAAGCAACAUAUAGUUUUAUCAGACGUGCACCACCACCACUCCAUCAUUUUGUUUGUUUUUGUUAAGAAAUAAGUGCCAAGAAAUCAGGAUGGUCUGUUACAGUAGUGUCAGGUCUGCACCAAAGUACAGUAUUUUUUUCUGUUUUGUAUCUUUCACACACAAUACAGUCUGCACCUUUUGAUCUCUGCUUGAAUAAAUAAUUGUGAUAAAGUUGAAAUUAA